AAGGGGGAGGAGAAGGCAGGCAGGCCAGGGACACCGUGAAAUUGCAUUAAACAUGCCAUUCUCCGCUCUCUGCACUUUCACGCCAUCUGAAGUUUUUGCCUACUGGAUGUCUAGCGCUGUUUUGAAAGCCUCAUUCCAACAAACACGUGAAAAGGUUGCAUACUGAACGUCUCAUUUUUUUCCACAAGCGAGUCCAUCGAGCUCACGACUAUUACCGCAGCUCCGAUUUCUUUAAUGAGUGUCUGCUCUUGAAAACUUGGAUACCCUCUUGAAUUUUAAUUUGUCUGGAGGAGAACUACGCUUGAGAAACUGUGAAUAACCAAGAAGCGUCAAAUCUGAAAGGAGGAAUUAUUGCCUCGGAUUUCUGAGACUUUAUAAAAUGCACCUUUGGGGAUUACCUCUUUUCUUGGUCUAUACCGCAUUUUACACAAACCUCGCAACUGAAUCAGUCCAUGACUAUUAUGAAUAUGACCAAGAUGAAGGAGAUAUCAGGGAACACUCAGAGCCGGAUAUAGAGCAGCAGUUGCGCUCCGCGUCGAGCGUAGACGAGCUGAUGAAAAUAGUCUACCCAAACUAUUGGACUAUGAUGAAGUGCCGCUCGAAGCGGGGAUUGCGUUUCGCCCCCCGGGAACGCUUCUCCUCUGAGGCUCGGAAUGAGGAGCCUCUUGUGUACGCGGCGGCAUACUUCAACUUCGAAAUCCUGAAAAGUAUUGAGUCAGAAUGGAGAAAGACCCUGUGCAUGCCUCGGGAAGUGUGUUUAGAUGUGGGGAGAGAGUUUGGGGCGGCUACAAACGUCUUCUAUAAACCCCCCUGCGUGUCUGUCUACAGAUGUGGAGGCUGUUGCAAUAGCGAGGAGCUUCAGUGCAGGAAUAUCAGCACCUCCUACAUCAGCAAGACGCUCUUUGAGAUCACCAUACCAAUUACGCAAGGAACGAAGCCCGUUACCGUCAGCUUCGCCAACCACACCCUGUGCCGAUGCCUGUCGAAGCUGGACGUAUACAGACAGGUGCACUCCAUCAUAAGACGGGCCCUACCAGAGUGUAACGUGGUAAACAAAACGUGUCCGAAGAACCACAUAUGGAAUAACCACAUAUGCCGAUGUGCGCUCCAGCACGACAUCGCCUUCCCUUCGCAGCACGCUGGAUCCGAAUCAUUCGAUGACGAUAUCUGCGGGCCGAACAAAGAGCUGGACGAGGAGACGUGUCAGUGCGUGUGCAGGAAACACCUGCGGUCGUCCAGCUGCGGACCCAACAAGGAGCUGGACAAACACUCCUGCCAGUGCGUCUGCAAAGGGCCGGCCGCCCCCUGCGGGCCCAACCAGGCCUUCAACAGGGACACCUGCCAGUGCACCUGCGCCAAGGUCUGCCCCAAGCACCAGCCGCUCAACCCCAGCAAGUGCGUCUGCGAGUGCACCGAGUCGCCCAACAAGUGCUUUCUGAAGGGGAAGAGGUUUCAUCAAGCCACCUGCAGCUGCUACCGGCCACCGUGCGAAGUUCGGAGGAGAAAGUGCGAGGCCGGACUUUACUUCAGCGAGGAAGUGUGCCGCUGCAUACCAACGUACUGGCGGAGACUGGACUGAGCAUAACGACGCGGUGUAACAAACUGGUCAAUUUAAAGACACUAUAAUGUGGACCAAAGUUAAGGUCACAAACAGCCCGAUGGACACAGAAUAUGUGCAUUACCUUGGCAAAUUUGGGGAAACAGCGCAAACAUUAAGGUUCACCCCAGCAUCACGUCACGAACUUUCUGAAGACCUGAAUAUUGGGGAGAGAUCAAAGGCAUAAGCCUUUUAUUUGUAUUUUUUUUUUUUGGUUGGUUGGUUUUGUUAUUUGUCAGAUAAUGAUUAUAUAAUUUAUUGCCACUAAAU